AUGAGCCCUUCUCGCAACCGCACCCGCCCGCCCGCGUCGGAGUCUGAGCAGGGCGUGUACGUUGUGCCCGACAUCACCAUCAAGCAGCUCCUCUCCGCGAUCCCCGCGCACUGCUUCAAGCGCUCCGGCCCGCGCUCCGCCGUGCACCUCGUCUGGAACCUCUUUGUCAUCUUGGCGUGCCACAAGGCCGCCUCCCUCGCAGACGCCGCCCUCGCGCGCCACCCGCUGCACCCGCUCGCCCAAUCGUUGGCCCGGUUCGCGAUAUGGGCGGUGUACGCCUUCUGGUCGAGUCUCUUCGGGACGGGGCUCUGGGUGAUGGCCCACGAAGCGUCGCACCAGGCCUUCGCCGAGUCCAAGAUGGCGAACAACGUCGUCGGGUGGGCGCUGCACUCCUCCAUGGGCGUGCCGCACUUUGCGUGGAAGGUCACGCACGCGAAGCACCACGCGGCGACGGGGCACAUGACGCAGGACCAGGUGUUCGUCCCGCGCACGCGCGCCGAGAUGGGGCUCCCGCCGCUCGACCCGGCGCGCGAGGACCCCCGCGGAUCGCCGGCCCACGUGACCGCGGAGAUGAGGGCGGAGCUGUGGGAGGCGGUGGGGCACUCGCCCGCGGGGGAGGUGCUCGGGCUGCUGUCGUAUUUGACGCUCGGGUGGCCGCUGUACCUGCUCGUGAACAUCUCGGGGCAGGCGCGCUACCCCAAGUGGACGAACCACUUCAACCCGCACGCGGUGCUGUUCUCGCCGCACCACUACCGCCAGGUGCUCGUCGCGGACCUCGGCGUCUUCCUCUGGCUGGCCGCGAUGGCGGUGUCGGUGCACGUGUGGGGCUGGGCGCCGUUUCUAAGGGCGUACGGCGUGCCGUACCUGUGUGUGAACCACUGGGUGAUCCUCAUCACGUUCCUGCAGCACACGGACCCGCUCCUCCCGCACUACCGCGCCCCCCAGCACACCUUCACCCGCGGCGCGCUCGCCACCGUCGACCGCAAGCUCAUGGGCGACUGGGGCCGCGUGAUGGCGUGGAUCGGGUCACAUGCGACCCUCAGCAUCGCAGAGACGCAUCUGCUGCACCAUGUCUGCAGCGUCAUCCCGCACUACCACGCCCACGAAGCUACCCACGCUCUCCGGAAAGUGCUCGCGCCGACGGGGCUGCCUGUGGAGGGCAACCCGGUGAGCUGGGCGGAGAUGUACCGCGUGUACAAGGAGUGCAAGUUUGUCGAGGACGAGGGCGACGUCGUCUUCUACAAGAACGCACACGGCGUCGCCAGGAUGCACCAUGCGUUCGCCGACGCCGCGGCCGACUCGGACUCGGGCGUCGACGUCGACUCGGAGUCGGAGUAG